ACAUUCACACAUACACACACACUCUGCAGACUCCAUCUUGCAAGCUGCACUUGGAAGCUGCCGUCCUUUAAUUAUCUUAGAUGAAAAAGCUUCGACACCCAGUAACGCAACACUGUUGUUAGUAAGUGCUCGGUCAGAAUUUUUCAGAGUGCCAAAGCUGUGUUUUGACAUUUUCGGCCCUUGUCGGGCUCUUUUCUUCUUUCUGCAUGACUGGCAGAGCGCAGACACCUGUUAGCGGGGCCUCCGUGCCCGCCCGAUCUAGGACUAUUAUUGUUGUCAGGAAACAGAUUGUGCUGUUGCCCCAGAAAAAGUUUAUCUACCACUAUAAGAACCUGCGCUGGGCAAAAGGCCGCCACGAAACUUACCUGUGCUUUGUUGUGAAGAGGCGAAUGGGGCCGGACUCCUUAUCCUUUGACUUUGGACACCUCCGCAAUCGAAAUGGUUGCCAUGUAGAGCUGCUGUUUCUGCGCUACCUCGGAGCUCUGUGCCCUGGAGUCUGGGGUAAUGGAGAGCCAGGAAGCAGGGGGCUCAGCUACUCCAUCACUUGGUUCUGUUCCUGGUCUCCCUGUGCAAACUGCUCCAUCACUUUGUCUCAGUUCCUGAGCCGGAUGCCCAACCUUCGGCUCAGGAUCUUCGUUGCCCGCCUUUACUUCUGCGAUAUGGAGGACAGCCGUGAAAGAGAGGGCCUGCGACUGCUGGAGAAAGCGGGAGUGCAAGUCACAGUCAUGAGUUACAAAGACUACUACUACUGCUGGCAAACAUUUGUGGAUCGUAAGAAAAGUCAGUUCAAGGCCUGGGAAGGCCUACAGCAAAACUCUGUCAGAUUGUCCAGGAAACUUAAUCGCAUCCUCCAGCCUUAUGAGAUGGAUUUAAGAGAUGCCUUCAAGCUUCUUGGACUGUGAAAAAAAUAUCUACAGUGGCCCAUCACUACAAUUGCUGAACUGAGACUGAGAAAAAAAAUGCUUUGGUGCAGCAAGGCUUUUGAGACUGAGAAAAGAAAAAAUGUUUUGGCGCAGCAAGGCUUGAA